AUGGACACCGAGUUCGGCGAAAUAAUCUCAUCCCCACUCUUUACCUUCAUCAUUGGCAAAGCAAAGAAGGAAAUCACGGUUCAUGCCCAGGCUCUGGCCAGCUUAUCAUCCACACUUGACAAACUGAUAAAUGGCGAGAUGAUCGAGGCUAAAACUCGUUGGGUGGACUGGUCGGAGGUCACCGACGAAGCCACCUUCCUGCGGCUAUGCGAAUAUGCGUAUGUACGCGACUAUACCCCACCGCCGUGCUCGUACAGAGAGGUAAAACCUCUGAGCGUUCCAGUAUCGAAGUCUCCAGAACCGAUUGAAGAGAUCUUUGAUCCACCAGUGAAUGCCUCCAACACAGCGAUCUUUGACGGUUACAUUCUACCGCGCAAGAAUCCUAAGAAAAUGCGGUGGCUACGUCGCCUGUUUGAUUUUGACAAGUUCAAGGAACAGCACUGGCACGAUGACUUCAGAGUAAACAAGUAUGCUCCCAAGGGGAAUUCGCACCCUCGCGAAGACUUUACAGAUGUCUUUGUGGGGCAUGUGGAGCUCUAUAUUUUGGCUGACAGGUAUGGGGUCCUCCAACUCAAAGAGUUGGUUAAAUAUAAGCUGGCAGCCACAUUAACGCAGUUCACCCUAUGCCAACACAAUGUCAUCGAUUUGGUGGAACCGAUUCAAUUGCUAUACCAAAACACUUUGCCCGGUGAUGCCUUGCGAGCUUUGAUUGUAGGCUAUGUCCUCUCGGUGCUUGAUCAGAUAGGGGCUAGUGCCGAUUUCCAAAAGCUAUUGGCAGAAGGUGGAGAGUUUGUUCUUGAUUUCUGGAAGACAUACUGGGAAGGUUAA